AUGUCAAUGUGCGGUGGGUUUGGUUCGUACCUUCUCGGUUUGAGCACAAGGACUUAUGAACAGUCAGGAACUCACACCGACGGGAAUAACCCGGGAAGCACGAAAGAGCCCGGUAUCGGUUGGAUGACCGGUUUCUUGUUCUUCACAUGCUUUGUUGGUCUUUUGGCUUUGGUUCCUCUAAGAAAGAUCAUGAUCAUAGACUACAAGCUGACAUAUCCGAGUGGAACAGCUACAGCGGUUUUAAUCAACGGUUUCCACACUUCUAAGGGAAAUAAAAUGGCAAAGAAACAAGUGUUUGGGUUUGUAAAAUACUUCUCCUUCAGCUUCAUAUGGGCUUUCUUUCAAUGGUUCUUCUCUGGUGGUUCGGAGUGCGGUUUCAUUCAGUUCCCAACUUUUGGUUUAGAAGCUUUUAAGAACUCAUUCUACUUCGACUUUAGCAUGACAUACAUUGGAGCUGGAAUGAUCUGUUCCCACAUAGUCAACUUAUCUUUGCUUCUUGGCGCUAUUCUUUCUUGGGGAGUCAUGUGGCCUCUCAUUAAAGGUCUUAGCGGAGAUUGGUACCCGUCUGCUCUUCCUCAAAGCAGCAUGAAGAGUCUCAACGGUUACAAGGUGUUUGUAUCUAUCUCAUUGAUCCUUGGAGACGGGCUUUACCAUUUCAUCAAGAUACUUCUUAUCACAGCAAGAAACAUAUACUCCAAGUUAAACAAUCGUCACUCCGAGAAAUCUAAUUCGGAGAAAGAUAAACAAUCUAUUGCAGAACUUAAGAGAGAUGAGAUCUUUCUAAGAGACAGCAUUCCUCUAUGGGUUGCAGCAGUUGGAUACGCAGCUUUCUCAGUCCUCUCGAUCAUCGCCAUCCCUCUGAUGUUCCCUGAGCUCAAAUGGUACUUCAUAGUCGUAGCUUACAUGUUAGCUCCAUCGCUAGCUUUCAGCAAUGCCUAUGGAGCAGGGCUUACAGACAUGAACAUGGCUUAUAACUAUGGCAAAGUCGCUCUGUUCAUCUUAGCUGCUAUGGCCGGUAAACAAAACGGUGUAGUCGCGGGACUAGUCGGAUGCGGACUGAUAAAGUCGAUCGUGUCGAUUUCUUCUGACCUAAUGCACGAUUUGAAGACCGGACAUUUGACUCUGACUUCUCCGAGGUCGAUGCUUGUGAGUCAAGCAAUUGGAACAGGGAUCGGUUGCGUCGUGGCGCCUCUCAGCUUCUUUUUGUUUUAUAAAGCCUUCGAUGUGGGAAACCCUGAAGGAGAGUAUAAAGCUCCUUACGCUUUGAUUUACAGAAACAUGGCGAUUCUUGGAGUUGAAGGUUUCUCUGCUUUGCCUCAGCAUUGUCUCCAGCUUUGCUAUGGGUUUUUCGCUUUCGCGGUGGCGGCGAAUAUCGUUAGGGAUGGGUCGCCGGAGAAGAUUGGGAAGUGGGUCCCGUUGCCGAUGGCGAUGGCGGUUCCGUUUCUUGUUGGAGGGUAUUUUGCCAUUGAUAUGUGUGUUGGGAGUUUGAUUGUGUUUGUGUGGAAUAUGAGGGAUCGGGUUAAAGCCGGUUUAAUGAUACCGGCGGUUGCUUCCGGUUUGAUAUGUGGAGAUGGUCUUUGGAUUUUGCCGUCGUCGAUUCUUGCUUUGGCUGGAGUAAAACCUCCGAUCUGUAUGAGCUUCAUGAAGAGUAAAAAUAGCUAGGUCUAAAGAAAAUACAUAGAGAGAUUGAUUUUAGAGCAUCUGCAAUGCAGAACUUCAUAUUGGGAUUCUUAAACAUAUUAUUAAUUUAAGUUGAGAGUUCCAUUAACUUUUUCUUAAUUUUGAGACAUAUAUUAGAGAGAUUCUAUGGGGUUCUAAGAAAUUAGUUUUUUUUUUUUAAUAAAUUGUUUUAAAU